GCUCGGGCGGAGGGGCGGGGAGCCGCGCGUCCCGGCCGGGCCAGGCAGUGUCUCGCGCUCUGCGCAUCUCUCCGGGGGCGCCGCGGGAACGAUGCUGGGCCGCAGGGGCGCGCGCGCGGGGCGCGGGAUGGCGCGGGGCUGGACCGCGCUCUGCCUGCUGAGUCUGCUGCCCUCUAUGGAAUUCACAAAUACAGCCGUAACUGGUAAUGCCACAGUGUCAUCCAACCCAGGAAUAUCUUCACCUGUCCCUACAACUACGUCCUACUGGAAAAGCAUGAACUCAAGUACUUUUAGAAGCACCAGCCUCUACAAUGUCUCUCAGGACAGCAAUGGGACCACAGCAGUCACCUCAGUUCCAGCGUCUACAGUCAAUUUCACGUCUGCCUCUGAGACCCUCCCAGCCUCUGGAGCCGUGAACUCUUCUGUCCAACCACAGACCUCUUUAGCCACCACGGCAUCUUCUACCCUCAUCAGCUUUGCGACUUCAGAGGCGACUCUGCAGCCCAGCACGUUUCCUGGAAAUAUUUCGGAUUCCCUAUACAAUAGUACCAGCCCUGUGACUUCUUCCAUUAAUACCUCUCCAUCAUUUUCUCCUACCCAAAAUAUCCUCAAGACUGAAAUAAAAUGUUCCAGAGUCAAAGAAGUGAAAUUGGCCCACAGCAUCUGCCUGAAGCUAAAUGAGACCUCCAACUGUGAGGAGUUUAAGAAGAACAAUGAAGAGAAGCUGACCCGAGUCCUGUGUCAGGAGGAACAGGCCGAGGUGUGCUCCUUGCUCCUGGCCCAGUCUGAGGUGAAGCCUCAGUGCCUGCUGCUGGUCCUGACCAACAGGACAGAAAGUUCCAGCAAGAUCAGACUUCUGAAAAGGUACCAGUCUGACCUGAGAGAGAUGGGCAUCCAGGACAUCUCUGAAGAAGAUGUCAGCAGCCACCAGAGCUAUUCCCGGAAGACCUUGAUUGCACUGGUCACCUCGGGGAUCCUGCUGGCCAUCCUGAUCACCACGUGCUAUUUCCUGAUGAACCGCCGCAGCUGGAGCCCAGCAGGAGAAAGGCUGGAGCUGGAACCCUGAGCGCUCUUCAGGAAGAAAGGAGUCUGCACACGCAGCUGCAGCCCCCUCCCCCGCCUCCCCCUCUCCCUCCCCCUCGCCUGGCUCCCAUGCUUACGAGAUAAUGCUCCUUUAUUUAUACACCAUCCAGGGCGAAGACCCUUAUUACGUGGAGAACGGUGGAGGCCAGGGCUAUAACUCAGGCUCUGAGGCCUCCCCCGAGGCUCAGGGAAAGGCCAUUGUGAAUCGAGGGGCUCAGGAGAAUGGCACCGGCCAGGCCACCUCCAGAAACGGCCAUUCAGCGAGACAACGUGUGGUAGCUGAUACCGAACUGUGACGUGGCUGGGGAGGGGCGAGGCCGGGAGGGAUCCGGGGAAGGAGCCCCUCCCUGGGUCUGAGCGCUUGCAGCCUCUGCGCCAGAGCGGCGCCCCCUCACCAUCCCCCCUUUCCCAGUGCACAUACCCAGGGAAGCCAUCCCUGGAGGCCCGCCCUGUACCAGGCCAAGGGGCCCUCCUGCCCUCCACGCAUUCACCUCCCUGCACCCACCGUUGGGCUACUCUGAGGAAAGGUGUGAUGUGCACAGCCAAGAUGCUGAGAAGCUCCUCGGGGGUGGUGGGUGGGGGGGCAGAUGGUCUUGCAGCUUCCACAGAGGGGCCCCUUUCCUCCCCCUCCUCUCUGCCUCACUAUAGGAAUUCCCAGGGGAAAGCAGGGGCUUUUCUGGACUGUGAUUUCGUCCCAAGAGGUGUUACCUUUUCCUGUUUCUUCCUUGUAUUUUUCUUUCUCUACUUUAGGAACACCAAAGCAAUCCCUCGAACUUGCCCCUUUGUAAUGACCGGUCAGAAAAUCAUGCCGUCUUAACCCAUCUCCAUCAUUCCCCUCUCUGAGGCACUGAGCGUUUACUCACCAGCCCCCCUCUUGCUCUCUAAGGUCCCUGAGCUCCACAGGUAAAUCACCCCCACCCCCCACCGCCACCUCUGUAGACUGAGGCCUGUGCAGCUUUUCUGGCUGAGCCUGGAACCUGACUCCAAGUUUUAGAACAAGGUCCAGAGUCUGUGUGUUUGGAGGACCUGACCUGGUGAUACAUGUGGACACAUGGGUUCCCACUCAAAGGGCAGAGGGGUGAGGGCACACAGCUUGGUCCCGGUCUCUGUAGGGCCACGGAGAGCCUCUGCUGGGGCUGCUUUUUCUGCCAGUGGGUCAGAGUGGACAGGACCAUGGGACCAGAUCUCUUGACUCGUGAGCUUCGAAGGAAGCCUUUUGCUCUGAGGCUAGGUUCUGACCUUCACCUCUGUCUCGAUGGCCUCCUCCCGCCUCUCCCUGACUCCUGGGUUGAGCUGUGGCCUCAGUCUCCCAGCAGACUCCUUCUGUCUCUGUCUCCCUAACCCUGAACCCUUUAGCCGCUCUGCACCCCGUGUGGUCAGGGCCCCGGGACUUCUCCAGAGGACCCUCACCACAAGCCACCUUUUCUGCAGGUGACCCAGGUCCUUGUUUUUUUUUUUUUUUUCUUUUUCCAGAAGGGUGAAAAGGGAUCCUGAUUUCAAUGACGGUUGGAAAUAGAACUUUCCAGAGAUAGGAAGAUGGGGUGGAUUUUUUGUUUGUUUUUCUGAAUGAAAAAUGCUGUGUGUAAAUAAUGUAAUUAAAGUGAUACUGAAACACA